AGGUUUAAUACUCCGUACUAAUUAACAUGAAAAUCAUCAUUCCAUCAAGAGUAAAAAACAUGGGUUCCAGUGGUCGCCGUGAUGAUAAAGAAGCCUUGAUGCAGAGUCUGCUCGGCCGGAAGAAGCUCCACUUGGUCCUCGACUUGGACCACACCCUCGUCCACUGCGUCCCCGUCUCCAAACUCACCGUUCAAGAUUCCGCUAACGUGGAGAUGAUGAUGAUCAAAAACCCCGCCGCCGGAGACACCCACCUGCUCGACGGCGGCGCCUUGGUUCUCAAACUCCGGCCGGGGGUCCGGUCGUUCCUGGAGAAGGCCAGUACCAUGUUCGACUUGUCCAUCUACAUUCUACACCAUGGGCACCCGCCGCUACGCCAGUCAGGUCGCCGCCAGACUUGUCCAUCACGCGUCAUUCGUGAAGGUGAUAUCGAGGGAGGACUGCACGGUGGAGAAGCAGAAGGGGCUGGACGUGGUCCCGUCGCACCGGAGGGCCGUGCUGGUGGUGGAUGACAAGGCCAAGGCUCUCCCCAAUUGGCCUUCUCCCCAAACCCAAUUUCAGAUCUAUUUUCUGAGAAGGUUUUUGAUAAAUACAAGACUCCUCCCCUUCUGUUUCUAGUGGCACAUUUGCCUUUGAACUGUAUUUGAACUGCAGUGCUGAUAUUCUCUUGAACUCUGAAGAGAAGAGCUGGAUUUGGAGCUUUAGAUCUGUGAGUGCAUCAUUAUCGUCUAUACAAAGAGAGAAUCCCAAACUUCAUUUUUUCAGGCUGAUGCUCACUGGGACAUUUGGUAUUUGAGGGCCUUGUGGGAAACACCAUAUGUUUUUUGAGCUCUGUAAUAUCAAGAAUGAAACGUGGAGCAUGGA